AUGUGCAGCUAUACACGCAAAUGGGUUUCCUGGAACGAAUUAGUAUUUUUCGAACAGUGGCUAUAAAUAGACACAGAAAACCACGGCACAUUGUUGGUGAAAACAAAGAAACCCGGUGCUUCUGUUUGUUCGUAGUAUUUACCUACAAAACAGAAGAUAUUUAAAUAGAAUCGAUUGAACUAAAUAAAAAAAGGUUAAAGGACUCGUCGAUUGAAGAAAUGGCGACGCAUUUUAGUGCAAAUCAGUACGAGAAAGAAUUCUCACCAUCAAAACUUGGUAACUGGACCGUUCCGAAGCACUUUAAGUCAAGGCCAUCGCAUCGAAGUAAGCCAACAAAGAUUAUAUCGAAUGACCGAGGUCACCUACUGCCAGGAAUAGCAAGAACUUAUUCGAAUCCUUGGGGAAACUUCAAAGGUACGUGGGAUCUACCCGAUAAAAUUAGCAAACAGGAUGCCUUUCUCAUCAAUGGUUUAGGUGUUGAUGGACUACAGUUUGGGAAAUUAGGAAAACAGGAAAAUAAAAAGUGCCAGGCUGACCUCGAGACAAAGGAACAGCAUGAAUAUACGCCCGGCGAUCUAACCGACCCUUAUCAACAACACCCCAGCCGAGGUCUUCUACUUCAACAGAAACGUGACAAAUCCAUGAACAUUGAACCUCGGUACGAGCUUAACGAUCUCUAUCUGGAAAAAUCGAUUAGCCCACACAACCACGAUAAAAAUUGUCACAACGACGAAGAAAAUACUCCUCACGUCUUGGGUGCUGGCAUUGAACCGAUAAAUUUCGAAGACGAAAUGACCAGAGAGGUUACAGAGAAACCAGGCGAACGAAACACAACCCCAAUAAUUCCGGCCUUCUGCAAUUUUCAAGUGGCCAAAAAAAUGCAUGCCGAAAACCUGGAGCAUCAACCGUUGCCUGACUCAAUCAUGGACCGUGCUUAUCGAAAAUUACAAGCGCAAGGAUUUGCUAAUCCCGAAUUAGCAUUGGAUGUGUAUCCUCUGGCCACUGGUGUGGGAGUUAAGACUUACAUGGCUGGUCCGACACAUUGCACUAAACUCAAAGUAUAUCGGCCGAAAACUUGUGGCGUUGUGCCGAAACCACUGGACAAGUCAAAAUUCCAUGAUCGUCCUCACACAUCCGGUGGAAAGAUAAAAAUGGGUCCAAUGGAUCUGGCUAUAUGCUGGGAUUAUAGACCGAUUGAUCCACGUGACGAACCAAAACGACCCACGCACAUCGACGGUUCAAAUGGAUCUGCAGCACCAGCCGUAUUUACACUCGUUAAAACUCCAAGAACACCAGAUCCAGAACCGAAUACUGGACGAUCUGGCGGAGUGUUUUCCAAUACAUUGGGUGAGGAAACAUUUUUCGACAAGGACAUUAUGCGCCGCAACUACCACUUCGGUUCAAAGCCAGAUCUAGUUCGAACGUGCACAUGUGGAACGUCGGCAGCGAGUUGGAGCGAUGCUAAUGGAAAAGAGGCUAGGCCACGUAGUCAAUGUAGACCAGACGAAAAUCUCAGACGACAACAUCGAUGCAAAAGUUCUCCCAAUUUGUCUCAAGUUGCGAACGCUAGUGAAAGCAUAUCCGCUCAUGCAGAUAAUGAACGGUUACAUCAAUGUUCCAAGCAUAAGCAACGUUACGAACACAAUUCCCGACCGAGAAAAUGUACGAAAGCACAGAGAUCAAAUCGCUUGUGUGAGCAAAACGUCGCACCAGUUACGUUUGCCGUUCAACGAAAGCCCGAAUACAAAUCCGCAUUCAAAGCCGGCAUACCUAAUAGCAAUUCGUCGGGAACUUGUACAAGCUUCGACAGUGGAUGCAGCUCAAUGUCGUCGACGAGCUGCUCAUCGAAGUCCACGUUGAAAGUGCCGAAACCGAGAAAUCCGUACUCGAAAAAGGACUACGUCAUUGACACUCUUGCCCCGCCAUUUGCUUGCUGGCGUGGAGGUGCUGGCCAGGGAGGAUAUCCGGAACAUUAUCGUUUAGCGAGUGUUUAUCAGCAUGCUUACAAGCCAGUGGAGCAGAGAAAACGUCCGUUACUUGCAACGGUUUAUCAAUAGAAUUUUAAGAGCUUUGUUUGUACUCCUGAAAUUCGCUUGGAUUACACAGAACUAUUCU